UUAAAGUUCACUUAACCAGCACAACCAUCUGGCCUGAGAGUUACUAUUGCACAGGUGUAAGUUAUUUUUAAAGGGAAUUACACUUUUGUCACAAGUACACAAAUGCUCCAAGCCUGGAUACUGCAUUUUCUCAGGGUUUUGUGAAUGCUAGUAAAAGAACCAGUCCUCUUUUCUGGAAAAGUGAGAUUCUAAAUAGUCAUAUAAAGGACUUAUACAAAGUAGAGCAGCUGCCACAGUCAUUAACCAGUUGGAAAUGUCACAUUCCAGUACAUCAGAAUCUGAUGCCAGCUACCUGCAGACAUAUGAGGAUGUCAAGGACUAUUAUGGGAAGCAACUGACUGAUACAAAGGAUCUUAAAACCUCAGCCUGCGACGCUUCUUCCAGGCCUUUACCGGAACAUAUAAAAAGGGCAUUGAUUGAGAUUCAUGCAGACAUUUCUUCACGGUAUUAUGGAUGUGGCCUCACAGUUCCAGAGUGUCUGGAGAACUGCAGGAUCCUGGAUCUGGGCAGUGGGAGCGGGAGAGACUGUUUCAUGCUGAGUAAGCUAGUUGGACAGCAGGGAUAUGUCACUGGAUUGGACAUGACUGACGAGCAGUUGGAGCUAUCAAGGAAGUACAUUAAUUAUCAAAUGCAGAAGUUUGGAUAUGAACAGCCUAAUGUGGAAUUCGUCAAAGGUCACAUUGAAAACCUGAAAGCUGCAAAUUUGGAAGAUGAGACCUUUGACAUUGUAAUAUCGAACUGUGUGAUAAACCUUUCUCCUGAUAAGAAGGCUGUGCUAAAGGAAGCUUACCGUGUUCUAAAGUAUGGGGGAGAAAUUUACUUCAGUGACAUGUAUAUUGACAAAAAGCUUUCAGAGGAACUUGCAAGAAACACAAUGUUGUGGGGGGAGGGAAUUGGUGGAGCAUUGUUGUGGAAAGACCUCUAUCAAGUGGCUGAAGAGAUUGGAUUUAGUCCUCCUCGACUAGUCACCUCCAGGUACCUCACCAUUAACCAGGAGCUGAGAGAUAUUGUUGGUGACUAUAAGUUUGUCUCUGGUACCUACCGUCUCUUCAAACUGCCAAAGGAAAUUGUAAAGGAGCAGAACCUGGUGACGUACACAGGAGGAAUUACUGGCUAUGAAAAGAAAAUCCAGUUUGACGCAAACUAUACAUUCAUGGAAGGACAAGCUGUUGAAGUGGAUGAGGAGUUAUAUGGAAUUCUGAAAAAUUCUCGGUUUGGGAAUUAUUUUUCAUUUCAGCCUCUCGAUAGCGUACCUGAAUCUAAAAAGGGCCUAAUCCAAGAUCCGUUCCUGUUUGCAGAGCGUGGUCAGGCCAGGAAUUUAGGCAGCUGCUGUGAAUCGAAAUCGUGUUCCUGAAACUACGAUGUGCAGGAUCAUCGCUAAGGAACGCUUUUGUGAAGAAUGAAAAACGAUGGCGCAUAUAUUUCAAGCUCUACUGGGAAAAAGCAAUAUAAUUUUUCCAGACUUCGGUGAAAGUUAAUUUAAUUUUAAUUUACUUAAUUUACUUUAAUCUGCCCGUGGUUUUAAGAUCAUUUAUCAAAGAUCAAAGUUUAAGCCAUCAAAGUGAUUUCUCAAAGCAGCCUGUGAGAGUUAGGGGAAAAGAAUACACAUCAAUGUGUUACUUCAAUUUCUGGCUUAUUUAUUUGUUUGUUAAAGGCGCAUAAACAAAUUUGCAUAGCUUUUUGUCCAGUGGAACUUCUGAUUCAGUAUGAAUGAGGCAAUUCAGUAUGAAUGAGGCAAAACCAAUUGUUCUCCUUCUAUUUAUAUCAUACUAAAUAAAUCUAAAUAAAUAAACACUUCUUUCCUAUGAUUCUCA